AUGGGCUGCAUUUCACCACCACCACCUACUAUAAGAUUUAAUUAUAAAAAAACUAACUGGAGGAAAUUUGGCGAAAAACUCCUGGACAUUCACCAAGAUUUUUUACCUGCGGACAGAAAUCUCACAAUAAAUGAAAUCAACCACGAUAUCUUAAAACUGAAAGGCGAAAUUACGGACACCAUUAACACAAUUGUCCCUAAAAUGGAAAACGAUGGCAGGAAAGGAUGUCUGAAGUAUAAAUUUAAAUCAAAUCUGAUUGCUGAUAAAUUUAAACAGACAGACCUAGAUGAACAGGCCCGUAUCAAACAACUAAUUAAAGUGGUCAAUAAAAAACUGACAACGGAAUUCCAAAAAUCGGAAACAGCAUACUGGGUUGCCAAAGCAAAAAGCAUAAACUACAAAGAAAAUUCAAAAUUUUUCGGAAGAAUUAAUAGAUAUUACAAAUACAAGGAACCACCAAGGAUUGUAAAACUUGCUCAUACCCAAAAAUAG